AAUACCAUUCGAACCGUCUCGAAGUUCAGUUGAAACGUACGUAUUACUAGCACGAGUUCCCGAUUCCUCGACUUCAUCCCCGAACUUGAAAGCGCCGGAAAUUGACUGUGUCCAUUUCUCGAAUAUCCAAAGCAGUUUCAUUCAUGGAGACUAAAAUAGAACCAAGUUUGAGAAUCCUUCGUCGUCGUUCUUCAGCGUCCGAGAGAGCGAAGGAAAUAGAAGCGAUCAAUUGCAUUGUUUCUAGGAAAAAUGUUCUAAUAACUGGCGGCGCGGCAGGAUUGGGCAACGCUUUUCUUAAUCAUUUCUUGAAGCACGGAGCAAAGAAAAUAAUUAUAUUGGAUAUCGACGCUGAAACCGGCAAACGAAUUGAGCUCGGCAUCGAGAAAUCUUACGGCGAGAAGAAGGUACACUUCAUACACGCCGACGUAUCUAAUCACAAGCAACUGACUGAAGCUUUCGAAGAAGCAUUAUCGCUAUUAGGAAACAUUGACAUCGUGAUAAACAACGCUGGAGUUUUAGACGAGCGAAGAUGGGAGAAGGAAAUCGCGGUGAACAUCGGAGGCAUGGUUAGCACCGCGAUGCUGGCUGUGCAAUACAUGAGCAGAGAUAUGGGCGGUCGCGGUGGUAUAUUGGUGAACGUGAGCCAGCACGUGGAUAUUCGAAAUACAGCCCAACUUCCGGUAUACACUGCCACGAAACAUGCCAUCAUCGGUUUAUCGGAAUCUCUAUCGGAUCCUUAUCACUAUGAGAAGACCGGCGUUACUGUGAUAACUUUGUGUCCAGGACUAACAGAAACCGCCCUGACAGUAGAUAGCCCCAAUAAACUUCUUUCCAGAGUCAUGAAGGCAGAUUUCGUCAAGAAUCUUGAACAGUUCUCGAUACAAACGCCUUACGUAGUCGCGCAGGGCCUAAUGACGAUCCUGAGGAUCGGCGAGUCCGGCAGUAUUUGGGUUAUAGAGAGCGGCAGAGCGCCUUACGAGGUCUAUGUGCCGAAUCCGCGUACUCUGCGCCGUCACUACAAGAACAAUUUCUCGCACGUCGACACUAAGGUCGUGACGAGAGGUCGCGCGAUAAGAGAAGUCUGCGACAGUACGAGGACAGGUCUGAUGAGCUGCGCCUGAUAACCGGCAAGCGCAUGACCGUGAUCUCUCGCUCUACUUAGGGCCGAAAAAUCUUCUUCAAUCCGCACGUGGCGAAUGUCGUCCGGAGACAAUUCCGCGAUACAGAUACUUCACACGUAGAUCAGUGUAACCGGAAGUGCAGAUGCGGACGAGAUGCAGUUAAAACAAAUAUUUCACGGAAAACACUGUGUGUCCCCGAGAUUUCUCCGUAGAUAAUUUUAUGUUAUAAAGUUUCACGCAUAUCCUUCUCUUCCUCGGUCAUCCUCGAUUGUAUUUGCUGGUUCACGUUUUUUUUUUUUCGUAAUGAGCCAUAAAUUUCCUUAAACACACGUAUACAUGGUCAACUUGACUUUUAUUUCUUUAUUAUUAAUAACGCCAGAUUGUACGAAGAUGCCUGUGAUAAAAAGAUUUUAUAAUAAAAAUGCUUUAAAAAAGAA